GGAAAAGUGAAAGCCAAGGAACGAUGUCGGGCUUUACCUUCCCAGCGUUCGGUUCUUCUACUUCCUCCUCUUCAUCAUCUUCCCCCUUCUCUACUUCAUCAACUCCUUCUUUCUCUCCUUUCCCUAGCACCAACUAUUCCUCUUCAUCGCAGCAAGCUCCAUCACGGUAUACUUUCGGAUCAACCUCUUCAUCUUCUUCAUCUCUUUUUGGUUCUUCUGCUCCGUCUACUGGUGGCUUCUCAAUCGGGACAUCACUCUUUGGUUCUUCGUCCUCUGCAAGUACUACAGCUACAGCUUCUCCGUCUACUACAUCUAACCUUUUUGGUGGAUCUCAGCCCUCUUCUGCCCCAAAAUAUUCUUUUCCAUUUGGCUCUACUUCAUCGUCAUCGGGAUCAUCAACUUUGAACCCUAACUUUGGAUUAUCUUCUGGUUCUGCUUCUUCGGGUUCCUCUGCUCCUUCUUCCCUAUUUGGACUGCCUUCGAAUUCUGCAUCUGGAGCGAUUACCGGUUCGUCUCUGUUUGGGGUGUCUUCGUCGCCGUUCGGAGCUUCUUCAACUUCAGGUUCUACAGCAACUGCUGCCCCGGCUAGUUCUGCAUCUGGAGCGAUUUCCGGUACCCCUCUGUUUGGGGCGACUUCGCCGUUUGGAGUUUCUUCAACUUCAAAUUCUGCAGCAACUGCCCCGGCUUUCUCCGCUUCUACGAUGUUUGGAACUUCCUCAGCUGCUGCAGCUUCUACUGCGCUUUCCGCUUCUCCGUUGUUUGGGGUUUCUUCAACUUCAGCUUCGGUAACUAAUUCUACUUCGGCAUUUUCUUCCUCUUUGUUAGGAAGUCCUUUACCAGCUUCUUUGACUGCGGCUACCAGCUCCCCUUCUUUUCCUGGCCUGUUUUCUUCCACUUCCAGUUCGGCUUCACCGUUUUCGGCCUCUUCUACGCCUGCUGCAACGCCAUCUUCCUCACCAAUUCUCUCUUUCGGAACUCAUGCACCGUCUUCCACCCAGUCUUCGUUUGGAUUUGGCAAUGCAGCAUCUAAUGUUGCGUCUAAUUCUACAGUCUCUAGCAUACAAGUCACGAAGCCUCCUUCCUUUAGCUUUGGGACUUCCUCAACAGUCAGUACCGCGGGCGUUUCAGUUACAACAGAGACUUCAACCCCUGCGCCUUCAAUCUUGUUCUCGUCACAAGCAGCUGCCUCGUCUACUUCUACACCAUCAGUUCCUGUUUUUGGGGCAAGUUCUUCAGUGGCAACUAUAUCUUCAGCAUCAGUAGUUACUAGCACAACUGCUUCCUCUGCUACUACUACUCCUUUCCCAAGUUUUUCAUUGUCAGCCAAAACCUCAGCUCCAUCUUCAGCUUCACAGCCUCAAUCAACAACCACUGCAGCAUUGGCAUUUGGUGUUUCUGCUUCAACUUCUGCAGGUGCAUCAACUGAUGUGGCAGCAAAAUUCAGUUUUGCUGGUUCCAGUAGCAGUGCAGCUAAGACACCUUCUGUUGCUGUAGCCAGCAGUAGCGGGACUGCAUCUUCAACUGUUAGUACAACGAUAUCUGCCACGCCUAAACUACCAUCUGAGAUAACUGGGAAAACUGUUGAGGAGAUUAUAAAAGAAUGGAACUCAGAGCUACAAGAACGUACCGGGAAAUUUCGAAAGCAAGCUUGUGCAAUAGCUGAGUGGGACAAGAGGAUCCUGCAAAAUCGAGACAUUCUUCUAAGGCUUGAGAUUGAAGUAGCAAAAGUGGUUGAGACGCAGGCUAAUUUGGAGCGGCAAUUGGAGUUGAUUGAAACUUAUCAACAAGAAGUUGACAAAGCUUUGCAAAGUAUAGAAGAAGAAGCUGAGCGUGUUUACAAGGAUGAGCGGGCAUUGCUCUUGGAAGAUGAGGCAGCAUCUACACGGGAUGCAAUGUAUGAGCAGGCAGAGUUUAUUGAGAGGGAGAUGGAACAGAUGACGGAACAAAUAAAAUCAAUUAUUCAGACCUUAAAUGCCAGCCAGGGUGGGGGCCUUGAUGCUAUCGAUGGGAUGAACCCAUUAGAUGUCGUUGUUCGGAUUCUAAACAAUCAGCUCAGUUCACUCAUGUGGAUUGAUGAGAAGGCUGAAGAAUUCUCGUCCCAGAUUCAGAAGCUUGCUCACCGUGGUUCUGCUGAUCGGGAUUUGAUGGGCUCAAAAUUCUGGAUGACCUGAUCUUUUGGUUUCUUGAAGCUUACUCAUGUCAGAAAUCCAUGCGAGGCAUGUCGUGGGGCAAUGGGUUCGAUAUGCAGCUUUCUAGUGCAGAGAUGCAUUUCUACCAUCCCCAUUUGAGGACAAGACUAUCUCGCAACACUAGUUUUUUUUUUUUUUCCUUCUGAGUCUAACUUUCUGCUUAAUAACUGUCGAUUUAACUGUGUUGGAGGGCGCUUAAUUGAGCCAUCAGGUGGAUGCCAUAGUGUCAAGAAAUUUCAGCUCUAGGUGGUCUGUAGAACAAUAGAAGCUUUUGAGGUUGAGCCUUUGAUUCUGAAGGAGGAUGUACUGUCAAAAUCUCAUGGUUUAUUGCAAUUUUUGAGCGUACAAUAUCUGGAUAUUGUCGUGUAGG